UAGCGUUCUUGAAACCCGGCAGCAAGUUAACCGCAUGCAAAAUAAUGGUCGUAGUUCAAUAUAUCAGUUUGAGUAAAAAGGAAACACGAGAUGCACAGAGGUUCAGAAUCAGCAUUUCACCGAGAAAGCUCGAUUGCUCAAAAAGGUUUCAGAGGAAGACAAGUUCUGUUAUGAAAUUUGCAUGGAACUUGGCCCGAACUUCUUACUGAACAAAAUUCCUCAUUCAACUUUCAUACGAAACUUGGUCCGAAAAUCACAACAGAAAACAGGUCUAAACAUUCAACAGAGAAUGAUCUGAACUGGAAUCAAACAACAGCUCUGUUUGCAACAGCUGUGUCUCUAACAUGACAAUCCCCAUCAUCUCAGCACUAAUAUAUGAAAGAACAACAGCUCUAUUUGCAGCAGCUAGCUCACAGGGGGAGUUCAGGGUGCGCCCAGCGCUCAGUAGCGAACACACAGUACGGGAGGCCGCUGGAUGCCGGGUUCAUUUGUUUCCUUUCCGAUUUCUGGCCUCGCCCGCUGUUUCCAGUGGACUGUGCCUGCGAACUCAAUGCCAAUGCAAGUUCCUGGAACAUACCUGCUUAGCAUGGACGCCCGUGAGUACGUUGCUCUUUUUGAAGGAAAGCAUGUGCAGCUCAUGUGGAACAUCACAACCAGCCAACCGACUUUGUGGAAAAUCACACCGGCGCAUUCAAAAGCUAGAUUCUUUUUAUAAAAAAAGAAAGGACAAUCCCACCCACACCACGAAUCACUUCUUCAGCUAAUCCAUCCACCGGUCACUUCUUCCCUCUCGGAGCGCGCGCGCACCAAUCCAUCGGUCACCCGCCUGCACGCCCAUGGCCAGCGCGGGUGCGGCAGCGGUGACGACGUCGGCGAGCGAGGUAUCGGUGAGCUCGCACCUGUUCACGGUGAGGGGCUACGGCAACACCAAGGGCAUCGGCGUCGGCGUCUCCAUCGAGUCGCCCGCGUUCGACGCCGCGGGGCACCGCUGGUCCGUCGUGUUCUACCCGGACGGCGAGAGCCAGGACGCCAGCGGGCAAAUCUCCGUCUUCGUCAGGCUCGUCAGCGAGGCCAGCGACGACGUCACCGUCCUCUACGGCUUCAGCCUCGUCGACCCGACCGGCGCCGCGCCUGCCGAGGAAGCCUCGAAGGCCCCAAAGGUCUCCACGUUCAGUUGUGGCGAGGCCAGAGGGGUCGGCUGUUUCAUGGAGCAGGAAACGUUCGAGGCUUCGCCGUACCUGCAGGACAAUUGCUUCACGAUCAAGUGUGUCAUCGGAGCCGUCAAGGGACCCGUUGGGCGCCCGCGCGGUGGCGCACGCCGGCGGCCGCUAGCUGGGCCAGCGUGGACCGCUGUCCCUUCACCUCCCCUUUCACCUCCCCGCUGCCGCCCGCUCGUCUUCUCCUCUCUCCCCAUUCAAACACGCCCGUUCUCCUCCCCCGGCCAAACCCUAACGCCUCCCGCCGCCGCUUCCUCUUCCACUCGCCCGCCGGCCGCCGCAUCCCAUCGCCGUCGUGACCGAGACGCCGGAGGACGCACCCGUUGAGCCCACCGAGACCUUUGAGACCGAGCCGGGAGCCGAAUUUGUUGUGGAACAAGAAGAAAACCAAGGCAAGCAGCUAAGCAUGAUCCCUUGCCCCUUUUUAACUUGACUGGACUUAGUUAUCUCAAUGGGUGAACCGGAAGUGGUGUUUGGCCAUUUGUACCCCGCCGAAUCCGGCGUGGGCGAGGAGUAGACCAAUACGGUUAAUGGUGUCCUUGAGCAAGACGCCAUUAUUAUUUAUCGUUAUAUUUUCCGCUGCGUAUCGUAUUUUUAUGAUAAACGUUAAACUCUAUAGUUUUUACCCCUUUCUAAUGUUAUUGUGAGCCCGAGGCUUGUAUCCCUUAUUUGAAUCUUUAAAUUUCAGAUUUAGAACCUUUUCCUAUAUUAACGUUGUAAUGGUUAGUUGCUUAACUUUAUAUUAAAACUUGCUCUUUAUGGAUCAUUGGUGAUGUAUGAGCUCA